GGAGAUCCGAGCAGCGGCGGCAAGCCGAACGCAGAGCGGAGGAGCCGGCGGCUGAGAAGGACAUUGGACAUGGAAGACCAAGGGGAGAAUACCACCGUCUUGUCCACCCUGAGGUCUUUGAACAACUUCAUUUCUCAGCGAGUGGAAGGAGCGUCUGGCCUGGAUAUAUGCAACACUGCCCCAAGUUCUCUGCAGAUGAUGUACCAGCAGAGCAUGCAGUUGGAGGAAAAAGCAGAACAGAUCCGUUCAAAGACCUACCUCAUCCAGAUGGAGCGGGAGAAGAUGCAGAUGGAACUGAGUCACAAGAGGGCGCGAGUGGAGCUGGAGAGGGCAGCCAGCACCAAUGCCAGGAACUACGAGCGUGAGGUAGACCGCAACCAGGAGCUGCUGGCGCGCAUUCGGCAGCUUCAGGAUCGGGAAGCUGAGGCGGAGGAGAAGAUACAGGAGCAGCUGGAGCGCCACAGGCAGUGCAAGCAAAGCCUGGACACUGCCAACAAGCAAUUGCGUGAGCAAGAGGACAGCCUGGCUGCAGCCAGUGAGACCAUCAGUGCAUUGAAGGGGCGAGUCUCGGAGAUGCAGUGGAGUGUGAUGGACCAGGAGGUGCAGGUGAAACGCCUGGAGUCUGAGAAGCAGGAGCUGAAGGAGCAGCUGGACUUGAAGCACAGACAAUGGCAAGAAGCGAACCAGAAGAUCCAGGAGCUGCAGGCCAGCCAAGAAGCGAGAGCAGACCUUGAGCAGAAGGUUAAGGACCUGGAGCAGAAGCUGUGUCUGCAGGAGCAGGAUGCAGCCGUUGUGAGGAACAUGAAGUCUGAACUACUGCGGUUGCCCAGGGUGGAGCGAGAGCUGAAGCGACUCCAGGAGGAGAACACUCACCUGCGGGAGAUGAAGGAGACCAACGGACUCCUCUCAGAGGAGCUGGAAGGGCUGCAGAGGAAGCUGGGCCGCCAGGAAAAGCUGCAGGAAGCUCUGGUUGAUUUGGAACUGGAAAAGGAGAAGCUGCUGGUAAAGCUGCAGAGCUGGGAGAGAUUGGACCAGACCAUGGGCUUGAACCUCAGGACUCCAGAAGACCUUUCCAGAUUUGUGGUGGAGCUGCAGCAGCGGGAGCUAUCGCUGAGGGAGAAGAACAACACCAUCACCACCAGUGCCCGGCGACUGGAGAAGGCCCAGCAGCAGCUCCAAGAUGAGGUACGACAGGUCAGCAGCCAGCUGCUAGAGGAGAGGAAGAAGCGUGAGUCCCAUGAGGCGCUGGCCCGAAGGCUCCAGAAGCGUGUCCUGCUGCUCACCAAGGAGCGGGACGGCAUGCGGGCUAUCCUGGGAUCCUAUGACAGCGAGCUGACGCAGGCUGAGUACUCACCCCAGCUGACACGCCGUCUGCGUGAGGCCGAGGACAUGGUGCAGAAGGUGCACGCACACAGCACAGAGAUGGAGGUUCAGCUGUCUCAGGCCCUGGAGGAACUCGGAGGCCAGAAACAGAGAGCUGAUACAUUGGAGAUGGAGCUGAAGAUGCUGAAGUCCCAGCCAAGCUCCACAGAACCCAGCUUCUCAUUCUGCAGAGAGGAAGUGGAUGCACUCAGAUUGAAGGUGGAGGAACUAGAGAGGGAGCGGAGCAAUCUGGAACAAGAAAAGAAUAUGCUGGAGAUGCAGUUGGAGAGGCGCACCCUGCAGGGCGACUAUGACCAGAGCAGAACCAAAGUGCUACACAUGAGCCUGAACCCCACCAGCAUGGCCAAGCAGCGCCUGCGUGAGGACAGGGACCGGCUGCAGGAGGAGUGUGAGCGGCUACAGGGGCUCUUACUUGCCCUGGAGAGAGGAGGCCCUGUCCCCACGGAUCUAGAGUCUGUUGCUGGCCUACCCUCAUCCAAGGAGGUGACAGAGCUGCGGAAGCAGGUGGAGAGUGCUGAGCUGAAGAACCAAAGGCUCAAGGAGGUUUUCCAGACCAAGAUCCAGGAAUUCCGCAAGGCCUGCUACACACUGACGGGCUAUCAGGUAGAUGUAACCACGGCGGGCCAGUACCGGCUGACCUCUCAGUAUGCAGAGCACAAGACAGACUGCCUCGUCUUCAAGGCCUCGGGACCCUCGGGCUGCAAGAUGCAGCUGCUGGAAACGGAGUUCUCACGCUCAGUGCCUGAGCUCAUUGAAUUGCACCUGCUACGCCAGGACAGCAUCCCAGCCUUCCUCAGCGCCCUCACCCUCGAGCUCUUCAGCCGCCAGACCACAGCCUAGCCCCGCACCAGCCAUCGCGGCAGCCAUCCCAGGCUAGCCCUGUCGAACAGUCAGCAGGGGAGCAGCCAGAGCCCCCACAUCAUCCCUUCUCAUCUCUGAGCCCUGUGUACUCACUGAGCAAUCUCGCCCUGUGCGCCGCUUCCUUGGGCAUGUCCCCUGCCCACAUUGGUACUGUACAGUUCCCGUCUGCCUGGGCCCCAGUGGGGAUGCUGUGGACACAAGUUGAGGGUCCUGGCCUGGGGAAAUAAAGUUUCCUCUCCAGUGCCCUCAUCUGACUCUGUGCAUCUCCUGCCCCAGGGGUGCCUGGUCCCCAGUGGAUGUGCCCACAUGUAACCCGGACCCGCUGGGUUCCACACCAACUCCUAGGAGCCUAGCCCAUGUCAGGUCUCUACUAUGGACCGCUGUUUGGCCUCAGGUAGGCAGCUGGCCCUCUCUGCGCCUCCCUCCUCACCUGUAGCCCCAAGGACAUGCAUGUCUGGACAGACCAAGAAUAAAAGGUCCCCACGUCCGUGCCCUGGCAUGCAUGGACCAACCUGCCACUUGGGUUUGUCACACCCACGCUGGCUUGUAAGGGCACCAUAUAGGGUCCUGGCCAGCCCCAGGCCAGAGGAAGUUUGGUCAUAGCACAUCCCUGGCUGCCACCAGCUCCUUAGUGAGUGCCCAAUGCUAAAUGGUUCUUAAGCCACUAAUGACUAAUUUUAAAGGAUUAGUGCUGGAGUGAUAAACUGUAAUUGCCAGGAUGUAACAGGAUUUACUGAGCCUCCUUCAGCUCCCCCACAGGCAGGGCAGGGCCACCUGCUGGGCCUCCCAGAGCCCCAGGCCCUUCCAUUGGGCCUGGGCCCGGGACAGCCAGCACAGGAUGUUAGCAGAGUUCCUCAUCAACUCUUCCUUCACGGUCUGGCAUGAGCCCCCAGAAGGGCACAGGUCCAGGUUUUGCCCACUCCCACUCCACCUGUGUGGAGGGGGUGGCCAGGCUGCCCAGAGACAGCCAGUGCAGGUCUGCACAGCUCACACCUACAAACUCUCUGGCCCUGUGCUUCCCCGGUUCCAUGUCGCUCCCCGCCUGGCCUGGCCUGCAGGUUGGGUUAACUCAAGUCUCCAAGCCCAGAUCAGCAAGGCAGGGGGAUCCGCUGCCCACUGUCACAUUCGGUCUACAUUGGGCCUGGACUUAAACCCAGCUCUCCUGGCUACAAAUUCAGCCCAUCGCUACCCUAGCUCUGAAUCAGACGGGACCCAUUUUCCUUCUGUGUAACUGUCAUCAAAUGGGCAACAGUGAGGCAGGGCCUUCAUCCUGAGACAGCCUGGGAGGGGCGGCUCAGAGGCCCCGUGGUAUAGCUUCAAGGCCAUGAACUCACAAAUGUGUUCCACAUGUGUGUACUCAUGUGCACACAGACAUGGCUAUAUGUACAUGAGUUCUACAUGUAUGUGUGCAAGGCUUGUGUGUUGGGCUUCACAUAUGUGUGGCUUGUGCUUGCACACACGUGAGCACGCAUACCUGUACUGAGUUGCUAUCUAUACUGGUAUGUGGUUAUGUGUGCAAGCACGAGCCCAUGUCAUUACACACAUGUGCUACUUGAAUUUCUGCUUCAGGUCUAGAGAGGGUGAGGGCCUGGCCUGAAGUCACACAGCAGAAGAGGACCCAAGAGGCCGCACUGAAACCCAGUCUGUGUGACCAUACUCCACACCUGCCCGCGCUUACACUUCACAUUUUCUCUCCUUUCUUUGCCUUAUCUUCCACUGCACAGUUCUAACUUUUAACUUAAAACCAAACAAAUAAAGCUCUGACAAUACAAGGGAAACAUAGAGUAAAAAGGAAAAACCUCCUCCUCUGGCUGCAUUCCAAGCCUUCCCGCCUGUGGGUGGACUUGCACACCUUACAUGCGUGUGUGCGUGCGAAGUGCCUGGCUUUGUUUCCUCGGAGCGUGUGUGUGGUUUUUAAAAUAACUGUGUUUUGUUCUGCAGCUCGGUUUUUCUCGCUUAACAAUAUGUCUUGGCAAUGUGCCAGGCAGGCAUCGCUGUGGGUUUCGUGGGGCUGUGUUACUGUAUCCAGAACACUCGGGGCGUGGAGCAGGAAGGCGGGGGGACCAGCCCUCCGCUGACGGCAAAGCCGCCACACUCUGCACGCUGUAGACUCCUCCAAUCCUAAUGCUAUCUUUAAAAGUUGACAAACUCAAGUUCUAGGAUCACAUUCUGGCUCACACUUUGGUGUGGGUCUGCCCUCCCCCUGGGCCCAUGACGGAAAGUGAAGUAUGGUCAUUGUGUGAUCCUGCUCCAAUCUGACAGACUCUUACAAGAUCAGGACAUGGCUGUGUGCAGGCUCACACCUGUAAUCCUCAAUACUUGGGAGGUUGAGAUCU